UCCAGCCCCGCCCCUCGCCGAGCCGAGCCGGAGCCCCGCCGGAGCCCCGCUGGAGCCUGGCCUCAGCCCCAGCCAGAGCCCGCACGGAGCCGGAACGGCGGACCCCGCGUCCCGGCGGCGCCGGAGCCCCGGCCGGUGAAGGCAAGGUCCCUGAACUGGUCAGACACUGCCUGUGGGCCUGAUAGAGUCAAGAGGAGGCCCCAUCAUGCCCCUCAGUGAGGCCUGCAACCUGAGCAGAUAGUAUGGCCUGCCACUGGAGGUGAACACCAUGGCUACAGGCAGUGGCCGGGCCUUUGCUUGGCAGGUGUUCCCACCCAUGCCUACCUGCCGGGUGUAUGGCACAGUGGCAUACCAGGAUGGGCACCUGCUAGUGUUGGGGGGCUGUGGCCGGGCCGGACUGCCCCUGGACACUGCUGAGACCCUGGACAUGGCCUCACAUACAUGGCUUGCACUGGCCCCCCUGCCCACUGCCCGGGCUGGUGCAGCUGCUGUGGUGCUGGGCAAGCAGGUGCUAGUGGUGGGUGGUGUGGAUGAGGGCCAGAGUCCUGUAGCUGCCGUGGAGGCUUUCCUGGCUGACGAGGGCCGCUGGGAGCGUCGGGCCACCCUCCCUCAGGCAGCCAUGGGGGUUGCAACUGUGGAGAGAGAUGGUAUGGUGUAUGCUCUGGGGGGAAUGGGCCCAGACACGGCUCCCCAGGCCCAAGUUCGGGUAUAUGAGCCCCGGCGGGACUGCUGGCUUUCGCUCCCCUCCAUGCCCACACCCUGCUACGGGGCUUCUACCUUCCUGCACGGGAACAAGAUCUAUGUCCUGGGGGGCCGCCAGGGAAAGCUCCCAGUGACUGCUUUUGAGGCCUUUGAUCUGGAGGCCUGUACCUGGACCCGGCACCCAAGCCUGCCCAGCCGCCGGGCCUUUGCUGGUUGUGCCAUGGCAGAAGGCAACGUCUUCAGCCUGGGUGGCCUGCAGCAACCCGGGCCCCACAAUUUCUACUCCCGCCCACACUUUGUCAACACUGUGGAGAUGUUCGACCUGGAACAUGGGUCCUGGACCAAGCUGCCCCGCAGCCUGCGUAUGAGGGAUAAGAGGGCCGACUUUGUAGUUGGCUCCCUUGGGGGCCACAUCAUGGCCAUUGGGGGCCUUGGCAACCAGCCAUGCCCUCUGGGCUCUGUGGAGGGCUUCAGCCUAGCACGGCGGCGCUGGGAGGCCCUGCCGGCCAUGCCCACAGCCCGCUGCUCCUGUUCUAGUCUGCAGGCUGGGCCCCGGCUGUUUGUCAUUGGGGGUGUGGCCCAAGGUCCCAGCCAAGCUGUGGAGGCGCUGUGUCUGCGUGAUGGGGUCUGAAUGCCUGACGGGGAUGUGGCAGCUGGAGCAGCGCAGUGCCCCCUGGCACAGGUCCGUGGCUCCUUUUGCUGCUGAAGAAGCUCAUUGUGGCUCUGUGGAUGCGGGAGGCCCAAGGUCAGGUACAAAGGGUGAGGGCACUUUGUCUUUAGUGCAGGACACAUAUGCUUAUACCCACCUUUAUCCCCAUUCAUUCAUGGACCAUGCCUAGCUCCACACUUGCUCUGGAACUACUGGGCCCUCUGUCCAACUGGGAAGUGGGAGGAUGGAAGAGCUGGCCUCAGGCCCCACAGGAUUAGUGCCUACCUGGAGUUGACCAGUCUCACCCCAGUGGCUGUUCCUGAAAAAUCCUAGCUGUCAGCCUACCUUGAGGGCCUCUGUGGCCCCAGGAGAGUUCAGGGAGGUCAGAGGACACAGAGGGUGUGGAGGAGUAGAUGUAGGAACCUCCAGAGGACCAGAGGAAUAGUGGCUUUGGGCCCUUUACACUAUUGACUGUGUGACCUUGAGCAAGUCAUUUCACCUCUCUGUGCCUCAGCAUCCUCAUCUGUAAAUGGGGAUCUCUGAAACCUUCCUGCCCUACCUACCUCACAGGGCUGUUGUGAGGACCCAGGAAGUUCAGAUGUGAAAGUAAAAGUGCUGCUAAAAUCUGG